AUGGGCAACAAGAAGACAGCCAAAAAGAAAAGCCACAAGAAAAAGUUGCGCACCCCCGCGCGCCCCUCCCCUCCCCCCUCUGACCAUGUAGAGGAGCCUCCUGAAGCCGACGAAGAAAUUCUGACACACGAAGAAUUUAUGGAGCGCAUUCGAAGCAUUCGAAAGGCUCGCGCCGAAGCGGCUGGCUUGGACCUGCCGCCCAUUGGACAGCCGAUCCCUACCGGUACCAGAGAGGGACACUUGCGUCGAGUCAAAGAAGACCGUGAGAGACGCGUUCAAGGUCUUGAGCCUCUGCCUCGCGAAUCCUAUCACCCAGGCCCGGUCUUCAGAAUCAGUGGCCAGGAUGAUGCACCCAAAGUCGACAAGCCAGCAAGCCAGGAGUCUGCUAAGGUCUCUGCAUCUAAUGUCGAACAUGAAGCCCCUGGCAGAGCCAAUGCGAACCUCGAAGCCAGUGACACCCUCCUGAACCCGGUCCACAGCAGCAACAUGGCGGACAUGGUAGGUGAAGCACAAAAGGACUCAACGGAUGCCAACAAAUCGGACCUUGCAUAUCGAUCCAACCUUGACUUCUCGGACACCGACAGUGAGGUCAUUGCCGAGUCAACUGUUCCUGUUCCUGAAUGGGAUGACCUUCUCCCGUCACUCAAAGCGGAGAUCGCAGACAAUCUUCUGGAGAAUGAUGAAUGGAAGGAUGCCGCACAAAAGCUCGGCCUCACUCAGAAGCAGCGGAGAACGGCUAAAAUGUGGGCAAAAAGAUACCAGCAAACUCUUGUGCGAGAGGAUAGAGAAAUGGAAACAAUGAGAGACAAGCAGCGCAACUAUCUGCUGAGCGUGGAUCACAGCCAGAUCGAAGAUGAUCAGGCCGAGCGCGUCCUAGCCGAAAUUGCUUCCAAAUCGCAGCAGAAAAUCCUCGAGCACCCAGAUCGAAACCUUAAAAAGUGCAAGACCAGCGAUCUGUGCAAAGCCUGGCGUUUCCUGAAGGAGCAUGGGCUACCCCUGGAGUUGGCCGGGGACUGGAGUAACGGCGUUGAAGAGAUUCGUCCUUUUGAAAAUCCUCGGACCAAGCGUGUGAGAUGGACCGAUCGUCUGACUACUACCGAGGAGCUUCCGCCCAUGCCAAUGGAGGCCGGCCCAGCAACACAGCCAUCGUUGACCGAGAAGACAGUCUCUCUCGACAGUUUCAGUCAGGGAGGUUCAAUCGCUCCGCCUGCUCCGGUGCGGCAUCCGAUUGAGAACAUGGAGGGGCAUUGGGAUGAGUGGGAGCGGCUAUUCACUCAACCCGAUGAGAACCGGGCUCACCUUGCCCGUGAGAGAAGAUUGCGGCUUGCCCACGGCGCAGAAGGCGCGGCCGAUAUCAUGGCCAACGAGAAUGGGCCCGCGCUACCAGAGCCUCUGGUUGCCCAAUUCCGCUAUAACCAGCGGAUUGAGCUGGCCAAGCGCGAGGCCGAGGAGCUUGCUGCGGCCGCAGACAUUCUUCCCCCCACGGGCCAGGACAUCGCGGAGGGAACGUGGGAGGAAAAGAUGGAGGCUCGCUAUCAAAAGCUGGCCAACGACUGCGAAAAGCUUUUCCUCAGCCACGAUUCCCGUCCGGAUGUCGAGUAUGAGGAGAAUUCAGAGCUUGAUGAGGAGGCUCUGGAUAAGUUGCUGGAGGAGGCUAGCCGGUUCAACGAGGAGUACCGGGGCGUCGCGAAGUCCGGGUCUUCCUCACGGCCUAAGGGCUUCGAUGUGAACAUGGAGUGA